GAACCCGUGGAAGGCGUGGGAGAGCCACCUUUCUAGUUUUAUCUGCUGCCACCUUCCCUUUUCUACUUUUCCGUCCUGGCGCACGACACGGUUCGCAUCCCCCAUUUUUCUCGUGCGUCUUCGUUUAUAUCAACCCGAUUGGAAUUCCCGCUCCCUCUCCCGUCCCCUCUCCCGUCUUCCCCUCCCCGUCUCAACAACCGUGCAAAACAAAUUAAUCGUGUCCAAAGCUGUCAUUGACCUGGAUUUCCUCAGCACCGAGAGCCAGAGAGGCCCCCAAACCCACAGCCAUGGAGCGCAAGAACUCCUUCCGAGGGAUCCAGGGUGCGAUCUCGAAGAUAAACCCGGAGCUACUGAGGAGCGUAAUCACCUCCGGCACGGCGGCGAGGGGCGGACCGGAGGCAAGAUCGCCGCCGGGAGCCGCCACCGCCUUCCGGCAUGCUACCACGCCGCUGCCGGUGCUGACCUCUGCUUGCAGAUCGGGUUCCAAGGGAACGGCGCCGUUAACUAUCUUCUACAACGGCACGGUCGCCGUCUUUGAUCUUCCUCAAGAUAAGGCGGAAAGUAUACUGAAGCUGGCGGAGAAAGGGAACGUCGGCGGCGUCUUGGAAGCAGCCGAUCCGACGGCGUCAGGCCACGAAGAGGAUCUACUGACGAAACUCAAUGGAGAGCUCCUGCCUAUCGCAAGGAAGAAGUCGUUGGAGCGCUUCUUUGCCAAGCGGAAGGAAAGGUAUGCAUGGCUUUGCUCUCCGUUGCUUCCGACCUCUUUCCUCGUUCUUUUAAUUCGAUUUGGGAGUUCUCCAUUGCUAACAAAUAAAUACCUCCGACCGUCGAUCGUCCUCUUUAUAUGCCGUCCCUGCUUCUCGAUGCGGCAUGUGGGUGAUGAUUCUCUGCUCUCCCGUCGUCGUUCGCAAACGUUGACCAUGUCGCAACCUUACAAGAUGGCAGAACGUGAAGCGAACGUGGCAUUGGUGAAGGAAACAGGGACAAUAACAGCCGCCUAACUAUACGUUUAGGCAGUCACAAGGGCCUUCUCGAUACUUUCUUAUCCUAUAGUUUCCAAGAAGAACAAUUAUCUGGACUCCAUUCGGUUUGUUUGUGGUUUAGAUUUUCUGUCAUAUACACGUGUAAAAGCGCAUGCUGGUACAAAGUGGACUCAAAGUUGAAUCUUUAAAACAUCCACUACUAAGUCACUAUAACAAAUGUAGUUUGCAACAAUCAUCCUCACUGAAAGUAUUUUUUUUACGACAUUUAUCCA